AUGUCGUUCCACAAGCUCAAGGACGAGUCGCCAUUCGGCUAUGUCGGUCAAGGCGGGCCUGGGAUCGCCGGUGGUGGUGGAGGGCUACCGGACGGUACGGCAGCGGCAAGUCGAGUGCCCGUCAUCAACACCAGUCCAAAGUACCAGGAUGUCUGGGCGGCGGUGGUUUACGCCGUAACCUUCGCCGGCUUUGUUGUCAUGGCAGCCGUUUCUAUUCCUUCCAACGUUCGCCAUGCCUCCUUCAAUACCACCAGCGAUCCCAGCCCACCAAUUGAUCUGGCUGCCAUCGCCAUCGCCUUUGUGGUGCUGCUCGCCAUCAGCAUUGUCUUUACAAUCUUCUGGCUCUGGUUGGUCAAUAGAUACACCAUCCAGAUGAUCAAGGCGGCCUUUUGGUUCCCCGUGGCGAUGAUGGCGCUUAUGGCGCUGGCUCUGUUCCUUUCUCAUCAACCCGGGCUGGGCGGCCUCGCCAUUACCUUGGUGGUUCUGGACGGCAUCAUGGUGAUCUGGGUCUUUUUCGCACUGCGGGGAAACAAAAUCCCUGUCACGGCUGCCAUUCUCAAGUCGAGCACCAGGAUCGUCAAGCAGUUCCCCAGCGUGGUCGCUGUGUCAAUCGUCGGCACUGCAGUGGCCUUGGCCUUUGGCGUCGUCUGGGUGCUGACCAUGGCUGGAUUUGUGACAAUGAUCGAAGACAAUGCAGCCCUCUCCGCCAGCGCUCGAAACACCUACUUUUCGCUGCUGGUGCUGCUCCUGGUGUUCAUCUACUACUGGACCUCCCAGGUCAUCAACAACGUGGUGCAUGUAACCUGCGCCGGGCUCUUUGCCACGGUGUAUUUUAUGGGCGUGGCUGCCCCCGGAGUUUCCAACAUUGUCCUGGCCGUGCCCAACCCAACUUGGAAGGCCGCCAAGCGGGCCAUGACCACGAGCUUUGGGUCGAUCUGCUUUGGGUCGCUCUUGAUUGCGCUCAUGCAGUUGCUGCGAUAUAUGAUCAACAAUGCCAAGGAUGCGGUCAGUCGGUCGGAUGCCGGGGUUGGCGCUUGGUUCAUACUGUGCUGCCUGGACUGCAUCCUGAAGGUCAUGGAGGAUCUCAUGAACUACUUUAACCGCUAUGCCUUCACCGAGAUCGCCAUCUACGGCAAGAGCUAUCUUGAAGCAGGAAAGUCAACCUGGCAGCUCUUCAAGCAGCGUGGACUCGAAGUGCUUAUCAACGACUGCUUGGUCGACAUGACGAUGAGCAUGGGCGGCUUCUUCAUGGCGCUGCUCGGAGGUGCGGCGGGAUACAUCAUUGGCAAAGUCAGUCCCAGCCUUGCCAACACACCUGCAGCCGUUGGCCUGUGCGUGGCGCUCGGGGUCGUCACCUGCAUCUACAGCUACAACUCCGUGACGAUGGUCUUGAGCAGCGGAUCCAGUGCCACCCUGGUCUGCAUUGCCGAGGACCCGCAGACCCUCGAGGCCAUGCAGCCGGAGCUCUUUGCGACCCUGAAGCAGGUCUGGCCAGACAUGGACUGGCGUGUCGACCCGACUCCCCCGCCAAUGUCGAUGCCGGGGACGGUUGUGAUGUAUGUCUGAGGGAGAUUGCCGCUCAUCGAUUUACGGAAGCAGGAGCCACUGGUGUUGUCAAGACCAUGUGCGUCAAUGUGCUGGUUCGGACCGAGGAGGAGUGGUGGUAAUCCGGCGGCGGGUGGAGCGCGGAUGCAGAAGAAAGGCUUGGUUUAUGUCGUGAAUGCAGGAGAUCGUUCAGCAGGUUGCUCGGAAGGCCCGGACUGGCUUUCUCUUUGUUGCGAGGCUUCUUCCAGCAUCGAAAUACAUGUUACUUCAAGUUUGUAACGCGCCGUGUCCCCUGAAAGCCGAGUCUCGCGUGCGAUGGCUGUGGACAGAUGGGCAUUUGCUUGUGGUUGUGCUUGAGCUGCUGUCCGGCACGGCCGCAUAUCGGCUUUGGC